AAGUAUUAUACUUAUCCUAUACUUAAAUGCUAUUUCAAUGUAAAUAUGUACUUGACAUUUCGAGGUUCAUUAAGCUUCGAUCGUAUAACACGUGGGGUGUUAUUUGUACAACAAUGAUGUGCAAAGUACUCGUAUGUCAGUGUGCAUACGAGCACGCAGUUAUUCGUUUUAUGUUAUUUCAUCGGAUAGGGUGAUCGGUUAAAGAAAAUGCCUGGAAUCGCGAGUGCUACUGGCCUUAUCUCUGCACGUGUUCGACCUAUUUAUAGAAAUAAACCACAGCAUGUGGAACUUUCAGCAUUUACAAAGCCGGCACCCUUCGCCCUUCGACCUUACGCUGGCCUUUUUAAUCCCUAUUCUUAUGGUUGCUCCGUCUUGUGUAAUCAUCCUGUAGAUAAUGAAGCCAAAGAGGUGGUGCGUCGUGCGAAGGAUACAUGGGCGAGCGAAGGUAAAGCCUUAUUAUUACCAGAAGAAAUGGAAAUGAUUCGCGCUAGAUUAUUAGCUGCCGGGAGAGGAGGUAUUACCAUGAAUUCUGCAAAUCUAGAUGACAAAGAAAUGAACAUCGAUACUUUAACUGUUCCGGAAGAGCUAUUCCGGAAAUAUACUGAAACCGAUUCUCGACCUCCCACACCGGCACCUACUCUCGUUAGCGUUCAAGCAGCAGCAGUGUCGUGUCGUCCACUUCAAAACGCUCCUCCACCAAUUAUAUACAAUCCACGAGAACGCACUACUUUGGUUUUAGAUCUAAGAACCAACUCGCAGCCUCACCUGAGCAACGAUACUCUCACUUGGCAUGCACUGACUCUAGAAGUUUUACCAAUUUCUAGAAGAAAUCAGAUCGUCAACAAUAAACCAUUAUCUCGACGUCGAUUUAUAGCUUCGACAACGCGUCUGCAGCCACCAUUUGCUCUUUCAUCUUCCUUAAAUGUUAAAACUUGUGAAACGAUUGUAGAUAACAAUGUUAACGACAACAGCGAUGAACCUACGGUCGUACGAAGGCGAGGAAAAAAAUUACGUAAAAGGAAAUGCAGAAGAGAUUCGAUUUAUGGACAACAAACGGAAGUUCGUGAUCCAUUUGAACCACUUGAGACGCAAAUCUCGCAAACUAGUAAUGAGUCCAGACGAGCUUCAAUUCAUCCGCUUACUGGUGGUUCUUGUACGGUGAUAUCUUCGGAAAAAGUAUUGGUAUCCUUGACAGAACAAACGAUGCAUUUCAGUUUUAUACCGGCAGAAAUUCUGAAACAUUUGUGUAGAGAAUUAAAUCGCGACAAAAUCGAAGCGGAAUUUUCAAUGAAGAGAAAAAUUGCGUUCGAAGAAGCUCUAAGAGUGAAUGGUGAGACUCACUUUGCUUUGUGUGGAACGCGCCAAACUUCUGUACCACCGAUGCAAAACAUUCCACGUGUAUUUUCACGACAAACUGCUCGUUUUGAGAUAUUGGAUAGCCAAAGUUUGUACGGAAUCACCGCACUGGAUUAUUUGAGCAGGCACGUCUUUGUGAGUUCUGGAAGAAAAUUAAUAUACAGUCGAGCUUUCGUCAAAUUCCACGAAGAAAACUUACAAGGCAGUCGGUAUAUUUCUUCAAACGAUAUUCAAGAAGCUCUUGAAGAUGCAAUUGGGAUUGUACUGAGCAAUGAACAACAAAAAGCACGCUUUAACAACUUCUUAGGAGAUAUUUUUGAACCGUUAAACUUUCGAACCUGGUGUGGUGUGUGCGCGGCAACAGAGAGAUUGAUGUGUCCUCUUCCAUCCAAACAAAUCGAUCCUCCCACGUGGUUAGAAAGGCUGGACUUUGAAAUGCUCGAAAGACGAAUAGAUUCGAUCAACGUAGACUCUCAGUUGGCUCUUCUACUGAGAGAAAUUCGAAACCGAUAAUACUAGUCGAUAUUGGAAAAAAGAAAAUAAAAAAAAUAAAAUGAAGAUAAAUUAUAAAGCUCAUUGUUACGUUCGUCGGCAUCUUUUAUUGCUAGGAUAGAUGCACGUAUUUACAUCCACCCAAGCGUACACAGUUACAACAAUAUACGAUUUCUCUUUUACUCAUUUUCUUUCUUUCUUUUGUUCAUUCUGGCAUUACAAUCGCACAUCACACAUACAUACCACACAUACACCUACAUACAUACAUACUCGUUCUGCUUUUCUUUUUCUUUCUUAGUACAAUAACAUAAUAAAUAAUAAAUCGUUUUUCUUGUGUUUCUUUUUUUGUUAUCCUUAGAGAUAAUACAAAACCGUCCUGCAUUGUGUAAAUAAAUUAAGUAAAUGAACAAUACAACGCGGAGGAGUACUUAGAAUACGAUUUUUGUGGUGUAAUAAUGAUA